GUUGUUGUCGACUCUCCAGUCACUGAGAGCUGCUUUCGAAAUGUCCGGGCUGUCACGGCAAGCCAAACGGUUGAGGACCAUCAUCGUGACGGUGCCCAUCAUAGGGGCAACUUCUCUUGUGUUAUAUCAACGACUCGUGCAAGGAAAACCACAACGGACACUUCCCAAUCGAGAUGACCCCGAUGCGGGAAAGAGAAAGAUCAUCGAGUUGAAGCCAGAUGACAUUGAUAGCCCUUCUCCGACGAGUUCAUAAUCGACGUCAACGCUCACACA